UCCUGAAUAUGCUCAAAGCGGCCAAAUAACUGAGAAAGCUGAUGUUUAUUCAUUUGGGGUGGUAUUGGUGGAGCUUGUUACAGGGAGAAAAGCUGUGGAUCUCACGCGGCCUAAGGGACAGCAGUGUCUUACUGAGUGGGCACGACCUCUGUUGGAAGAAUAUGCCAUUGAGGAACUGAUUGAUCCAAGGCUGGGGAACCAAUACUUAGAAAAUGAGGUAUAUUGCAUGUUGCAUGCUGCAUCAUUAUGCAUACGGCGAGAUCCUCAUUCUAGACCACGCAUGUCACAGGUUCUUCGUAUACUGGACGGCGACAUGGUCAUGGACACAAGUUACAUUUCAACUCCAAGUUAUGAUGUGGGAAACCGGAGUGGCCGACUCUGGUCGGAGCCGCUGCAGAGGCAGCACCAUUACAAGGGUCCUCUGUUAGAGGAGUCACUUGAAUCAUUCAGUGGGAAGCUAUCUCUUGACAAAUAGAGGCCUGCAUAUUGGGAUAGGGACAACAAAGCAAGAAGGACUUCAUGUGAAGAUGACAUUUAGAAAGGGGUUGAUACUUGAUCAAAAUUGAGAAUUGCUUUUUUCUUGUUAUGCUAAAUAUGUUUAUUUUCCCUCCUAUUUUGUAAUUUUGCAUCUUUCUAUCUAUCUUUCUGCAGUGAUCUAAUUUUGCAUGUGUAUAAUAGCAGGGUGAAAGUAGGAUAGGUAAAAAAAUAUAGAAGUUUUUGAAAUUCUUCAGGGAAAAUCAUGUACACACUAUUGUGCCUAAAAGGGCCUCUUUGACUUGAGAGAGUUUGUGGGGUCUUGAAAUGAAAUGAAAUGGAGUAGCUUCUUCUAAGUUCAAA